AUGACGAUUAUGCCGAAGAUCAGUUUGGGAACUUAUCUCGCACAUGGACAACAGCUUGAAAAGGCAGUCGAAUACGCUUUGAAGUGUGGAUAUCGUGGUUUUGACACGGCCAAAUUUUACGAAAAUGAGAGAGAUUUGGGAAUGGCGUUAAAGAAGCAUCUUCCUCGCUUCGGUUUGAAAUCUGAAGAUAUUUUUCUUACGACAAAAAUUUUUCCGUAUUCAAAAAAUACGCAAAAGUGUCUUAUCGCGGAUAUUGAAAAAUCAAUGCAAUUUCUCAACAGAAGAUAUCUAGAUUUGGUAUUGAUUCACUAUCCAAGGCCGUUUGAUAACGAUAACAGCGAUUUAAAAAAUAUUGCAAGUCGUCGUGAAUUGUGGAAUGAAUUGGAGACGCUAAAACAAGUCGGAUUGAUUUCUUCGAUUGGUGUAUCAAAUUAUGAGAUUCGACAUAUUGAAGAAAUGUCGAAGUACUCGGAUGAAAAACCAGCAGUCAAUCAGAUCGAAUAUCAUCCUCAUUUCCAGCGCAAGAAUCUGAAAAAUCAUUGCGAUAAGAAUGGAAUCAUUUUUCAGGCAUUUUCACCACUCGGAAGACAGAGUAAACAACUGCUCGAAGAUGAAAAUAUUGCAAAAAUCGCUAGAAACCAUAAUAUAACUAAUGCGCAAGUCAUUUUGAGUUGGGCUCUUCAAAGUGGUGCUUAUAUAGUCCCAAAAUCUGUGACAGAAAAACGAAUUGAAGAGAACUUCAAGAUUUCGAAGCUGUCAUUGCAUGAAAUGAAUGAAAUAAACGCAUUAGAUCGCGAGUGUCCUUAUACGGAAGACAACGGAUGGCUGUGUGUUUGA